CCACAUAUUCCUUCACUGGCCAGCGUCGUACACGUCAAUGACAUUACACACGAGCACACAAGCGGUCACACGGAUCAUCCAUAAGUCAGUCUUCCUGCCCCCCACUGCAUGGCGACGCCAUCCUACGCUCGCAGCCCCGCCCACCCACUCCCCCACCCACAGCUCCGCGCUCCAUAUUCCCCUCUUCACUGUCGUCGAUGUCGGGGCCCUCGCAAUCUCUCGGCCUCGGUGUGGGCGGCAAUGUGGGGUCGACCUCCAGGGGCGAGCCGAAAUAGACCGUCAGGAAGUCGGUGAAGCUCGGAAGCGGGGUGGGGGGAUACUUUUGAUAAACCUGAGAAGACAGGUAACAACAAUGCAGGUGUGUCUCUGUGUGGUGUCAUGUGUGUGGUCUCUGUGUGUGGUGUCAUGUGUCGCUGUCACUGACCCAGUCAGACACCCUGAUGAUGGGGACGGCAAGCCUGAGCAGUGAGUGCAGCCGGAGGCGAGGGAUGACAUGACAUGCAUGAAUCCAUCCACUGUGUGUAGCAUCCAUACCAGAUGAGAAACAGCGGCAGAAUGAAGAAAAAGAGGCAUCCUGCGAUGAUCAACGAUACCCGAUACGCUAUCGGCAGCUGAAUUAUGGAUGGAAUGAAUGAAUGAAUGAAUGGAUGAAUGAAUGAAUGAUGAGCCGUAUUACAUUUUGCCUCUUCUCACCACUGGCUUGCUCUUGAAUUCCCCCUUGAGCACCAAGAAGAUGUCCUCAACUCCCUGCACUGUCGCCGCGUCAUAGUCACCCUUUCGCAACGCUGCGAAACACACACACACGUCUGUCUGUGUAUCUGCCUGUCGGAGUCUUGGCUUCUCUCGUCAUUCUUAAUUACCUGGCCUCAUUCGUUGUAUGACAUCGGCUAGGUGUUGGUUCUUUAGCGUUUCCUGCGCCCCCGUGCCCGUCUUGACGUACACCACAGAGUCGUCCUUGCUGAUGAGCAUCAGGAUGCCGUUGUUGCACCGACCGUUGCCUAUCGCCCAGUGGUUGCCCAGCUGUACCACGCCAUGAGGACAUCCAUCAAUCUCUGUCUUGUUGCUGUGCGAGUGUGUCUGCGUACUUUUUCAGCGAAUCUCUCGGUGCCUGUGCCGUAUCCGCCGAGUGUGUGUAUCUGUUUGCGGCUCAUCUGCUGCAUGAGCGCCACGCCCAUCUCGAAGGGCCUCUUCCCCGGACCACACAACACAGACGUUUCCGACGUGAUCCGACGCAGCGUGUCUGACACCUGCUCGGCCGCCUUCCUCGACAGUAUGCCAUCAGGGUCGCAGAUCUGCAUCAUUAAUUGCCACACACACAGAUCACAUCACAUUGCAGACGGAGAUCUCUGCGAUGAACGACAGCCUCUCUGGCUCACCCAUCCGCUGGUCUUCUGUCCGCACGCGAAGGGCUGGGUAAUUGGAUCCGGAUACUCUUCAUACCGCCAUGCCUUGCCAUCAGCAGCGCACGCACACAGCAGCGACACAACCAGGCGCAUGGC